GCGCACGGUUGGCCCAACUCACCUCCAUUCACACCGACUGUUGUACUUUAUUAGAGAAAAAGUUUUUAUUUAUUUAUUUAUUUAUUUUUUUGCUUUUGCAGCCUCCACUACCUCACAGGAGAAAAAUGCCAUUCCCGCUUUGCUUCCCGCAGAAAAAGCAGCCAUCAUGGGCUGGUGAAAGGAAAUAUUGGGGUCUUUUACAGACAAAAAUUCAAAGUGGGGGUAAAUGGAAAUAUGACUGCUUCCCCCUCACAAAAAGCAGAGCACAUCAAAACUCACCAGUGGUAUUCUCAAGAAUAUGUUUUCCCUCUUUCUGCCCUGGAAAAUGUAUUUUCCUUGGGGCUGGGGGCAAGAACUGGAAAGACUCACCAUCUGAUUUGUAUCAUGUUUGGUGCCAACAUAAACCGUUUGGACAAUUUCUCCUUUCCUCUUGGAGGGAUUGCUGCAUAAUGAUGCAUUUAAAGAUUUACCACAUCAGAUGUGUGUUAUACACAGAGUGGGAGGGCCUGGUAAGGUGAGGAGACUAAAAGUAAUACCACCUCCUAAAACAAUAAAAGAGGGCUGGUUUGUUCUUGGAAAUCAAACUGAGCAGAGGGGCUGAGGUGCCACACGACUCUUGUGUGGUCUCAACCUUUCGCUCUUUUUUCUCUCCCUCUUUCUCCUGGCUCUUCCUCCUUCCCUCACGUUCUCUCUCCCCUCUCUUGUGGCUCUAAGCCUGUGAGCUGGCGUAGGCCCUUCCUUGUUACACACCCCAGUGGGGCUUUAUAAAGGCUGGGCCGGAGGUCUCAGCAGCCACACACACUCCCUGCCUCUUGGUCUUGCUGCUCUGAAAGCUGCUCGUGUCAUCCUCUCCAGCCUCCAGGUUGUGUGGAUCAGGGAUGCUAAUGACACGCCGCAGUGCCACAGGUCUUCAGGUUAUCCUUCUGGGCCCCAUCCUGAUGGCUUUAAGCGUGGCCACUAUGGACAGCCAAGCGCUGCAUGAACUUGAGAGGGAGCCAUCCUACUGGGAUACACAAGCAAAGAAAACACUGGAUGCUGCUCUGAAACUCCGUCCUCGAGAGCACCGCGCUAAGAAUGUCAUCCUGUUUCUUGGUGAUGGAAUGGGUGUGUCCACGGUCUCGGCUACACGAAUCCUACGAGGUCAGAUGGAGGGCGGGACGGGCGAAGAAACGGUGCUGGCCAUGGACACUUUUCCCUACUUGGCCCUGUCUAAGACCUACAGUGUGGAUAAGCAAGUAGCAGACAGCGCCAGCACAGCGACAGCCUACCACUGCGGGGUGAAGGCCAACGCCAAGACAGUAGGACUCAGCGCCAAAGCAGUGGCCUACGAGUGUAACACCACCUUCGGAAACGAGGUCUACUCAGUGCUACGACGUGCUAAAGCACAAGGUAGGUCCGUCGGAAUAGUGACCACCACACGUGUCCAACAUGCAUCCCCAGCUGCUGCCUAUGCCCACUCCGUCAGCCGUAGCUGGUACAGCGAUGCAGAUCUUCCCUCAAGUGCCCACAGACAUGGAUGUGUUGACAUAGCAACCCAGCUGGUCACCAACUUUGACAUUGACGUGAUUCUGGGUGGAGGCCGAAUGUACAUGACACCAAAGGGAACCCCAGACCCCGAGUAUCCCACCUCCAGCUCUCGCAAAGGGAGCCGUAAAGACAAGAAAAACCUCAUUGAUGUGUGGCUGAAGGCCAAACCGAACAAGAAAUCUCAUUAUGUGUGGCACAAGAAGGAGUUUGAUGAAAUAAACGUUAAAACUACUGACCGUCUCAUGGGUCUUUUUGAGCCCAAGGACAUGAAGUUUGAGGUUUUCAGGAAUAUUUCACGAGAUCCAUCCAUUGUAGAGAUGACAGAAAAGGCCAUUCAAAUCCUCAGAAAGAAUCCAAAGGGGUACUUCCUGUUUGUAGAAGGAGGGAGAAUUGAUCACGGCCACCAUGACGGCAUUGCUAAACUGGCCCUGACAGAAGCUGUGAUGUUUGAUCACGCCAUCCAGCGGGCUGCACGGCUCACCAGAGAAUCCGACACACUGACUGUGGUGACCGCUGAUCACUCUCAUGUCUUUACCUUUGGUGGGAACACUCCUCGAGGGAAUCCGAUUUUUGGUCUGGCGCCAAAGAAUGCAGAUGACGAAAUGCCUUUCACCAGCAUCCUUUACGCCAACGGCCCCGGUUAUGUGCACAUAAAUGGAACCAGAGGGAACAUCACAAUGGUGGAUUACUAUGAUGAGGAGUACAUGCAGCAGGCUGCAGUCCCGCUGGAUGCUGAGACACACGGAGGAGAGGAUGUAACCAUCUACGCUAAAGGCCCAAUGGCUCACCUCUUUCAUGGGGUGAAGGAGCAAAACUAUGUGGCGCACGUCAUGGCCUACGCCGCCUGUUUGGAGCCCUAUAGAAACUGCCCUCCUCUCCCUCACAGCCUCUCUUCAUCCAGCUGUGUGAACAUACACUCUGGCUUUCUAAUCAUUAUGCUUGGACUCCUUUGUUUUCUCAGAUGACCCCUAAACACACACACACACACACACACACACACACACACACACACACACACACACACACACACACACACACACGCACGCAAGCACACACACACACACACACACAUACACACACAUUUUAGGUCUUACGGGCAUGCAGCAACACAAACUAUGCACUAAGUGCUCACAACACAUGCACACAUGCAUCGUUUGGGAGGCUGGUGAAUCAAAAUGCAGGGAUAAAUAUUCACCGUACUGUAGUUUUUACCAAAUAAAUAACUUGCAUCUAAUGUUUUUUAUUCACUCAUAUUUUCAUCUUACCGUGCAUUUAAAAUCCAAACUCAAACAUUUAUCAUUUAAAGCCAUACUAGGCAGUUUUGCUUGCUUUUUUUUUAACACCCCCUAGAGUCAGUUAUUAAUUCACCGUGGUUAUUUGAAAAAUGGACUUAUCUCCGUGCUGUGUGUUUAUCUUUUUUAACACCUAAAUCUAACUGCUGAAAUGUUUCCACAGCCGUCAGUAGUUUCUACAGAAGUGGUUCACUACUAAAUCAAAACAAUCAGCUGUGCUCGCGAUCUAAAACAUCCAGGAAACGUUCUGGAAGCAGAAUGCGGCGCCACCAUGCCAGCUCCACUCCACAGUUCCCCCCACCAGUAGGGUGCGGACAGGCAACUCUGAAGUUGCAAGUGAGAUAUUCCGGCCACAAAGGGCGGUGGGGUCUGAGUGACCUUUCAUUAACCCUGUAAAGAAUCAUUUUAGCACAUACUGGCUCAAGAAAAUGAUUUAAAAAUAUGAAAAAUUUGUAGAGAAUCCCUUUAAACACCAAGCAGCGACUGUUGUAAACAUGCAAACAUGGAAAGAUGAACAAUUUUCUCAAGAGUGAGCAAGUUUUUUUUAUUACAACACAUUUGUCAAUCAAUCAAUCAGAUUUUAUUUAUUAAGCGCUUUUCAAGCAAAGUGCGACUCAAAGUUCUUUACAGAAUUAAAAUGACCCCAAAUUCCUUUAACAGUUUCAAAACAUUAACACACACACACACACACACACACACACACACACACACACACACACACACACACACACACACACACACACAAUUUAUAUUUGGCUGAGUCCAGAUGAGCCAACUAAGGUAAGGCAAGGAAACGCCAUCAGAGGAGCCGUCUGCCCCGGCAGCAUCAUGUCUUCCACAGCAACUAAGUCAGGGCACUCAGAGGAGGAAGAGCGUAGACCCCCACCUCCACUCAAACGCUACCUGUAGAGUGCCCAGGCAGCAACAGUUGACCACCGCCCCUGGGGCAGAGGGCCCCUACAGGGAAAACACUGGAUUAAAAUGCGUACAAAUAUGAAAAUAAAAGCGCUAAUAUAAAUGACAAAAGUAAGAAAAUAAAUAAUAGAUAAAAUCAUAUUGACAGUAAAAUAAUAAUAUUAUUAAAUAAUGAAACAAUGCUAAAAUAUAAUCAUAUAAAACAUGCAAAGCAAGCAAUAAAAUAUAAUAUAAAACGGGAAAUAAAUUUAUAAUAAAUAAUUAGAUAAAAGCUAACCUAAAUAGGUGGGUCUUAAGCCUGGACUUAAAAACAUGAACAUUCUCUGCGGCUCUGAGGUCCUCUGGCAGCUCGUUCCAGAGGCGAAGGCCGUAAUACUGGAGGGACGCCUCGCCGUGAGUGUGUGUCCCGACUUUAGGGAUAACCAGGAGACGCCUGCCAGAGGAGCGCAGAGGCUGUGACGGUUCAUAUGGUUUGUUUCAACAACUUCAAUGGAAAAUUGCACUAACUUGACAUUUAGGACACACAAUUUUUUGUUCUUUUUUUCUUCAGACAUAUUCAGCCACUCUUGGUGCCAUGGUUGCACGGCUACCCACCUGGACAUGUCACACAUCUGCAGUGACCCACACUUCCCUCUGUUUGUGUUAAACUGAGUUUCUGCCUAAAAUUACUUUGUCCAGCCUUGGGCCCCUGGCAGGACAGUAGUGCAGGACUGUGACUGUAAAAAGUGACUCCGUAAUUAAAGUUGAACAUUGAACUAUUUUGUCACACUACGCUAAAAUAUUAAAUGUCUUUUUAAGCUCAAACAGAGGCUCUUUGUUUUCAACUUUUAUGAAGACAAAAGGAGGUUUUUUUUGUUAUUUUGACCUAUGUAUUUGUUAUUAAGGUCUUCCGAUCACCUGUUUUAUAUUCAACUGUUUGUGUUCAGUUGGAUAGUGAAUAUUUUGAAAGUUGAUUGUAUAUGUAUUUUUACACAGUGAAACUUUUGUUUUUGCAAAUUUUAGGCAUAAAAAAUUGCUUGAAGUUGUGUUUUUUUUCUUCUUUAUUUUUGUCCCUAACAGCAAGUGACCUGGGGAGAUAUAUCAGUUUAAUUACAGCUUAUUUCAAAAUCUGUAUGAAGUUUGUUUACUUCUGUAAAAAAACAACAACAACAAAACAAGAAAACUUGGUCAAAUUUUAUAGAACAUAGUCCCAAAAAGCCAAGGUUUGGUGUAGAUGAAUAUUUUAAAAGUCAAACAUGGUUCAAAAUAAAACUAACGCUACAUAAACCUACACAUACACAUCUUUAAUUGUUUAU